AUGGAAGACAAUGCUCAAGACAUUCAACAUGAUAAGUAUUUCCUAGGCAAUCCACUUCAAGUUCUUUUUCAUAUUCACGUUUUAAAUGACGUUGGAUUGAUUCAACAACCAAAAAACUUUCAAAUUAUAAAUAAUAAUAUUAAUUAUGACAGAAAGAGUGGAGGAGGAAGGGGUGGAGCAAGCUUUGGUCAAGAUCAAAAACCUAAAAAAGAAUCAAUACUAGAUUUAUCAAAAUAUAUGGAUAAAAAAAUACGCGUAAAAUAUAAUGGUGGCCGCGAAGUUAUUGGAUCAUUAAAAGGUUAUGAUCAAUUAUUGAAUCUUGUACUUGAUGAAACAGAAGAAUUAUUAAGAGAUCCUGAGGAUAAUAGACUUUCAAAUGAGACAAGAUCACUUGGUUUAGUAGUUUGUCGUGGACCUGCUGUAAUAUUAAUAUCACCAGUUGAUGGAAUGGAAGAAAUUCCAAAUCCAUUUCUUCAACAAGAAUAA